AUGCGAUUUUUUAUACUCUCAGUCACCUCCGUUCUGACAGCAUUAGUGACGUUGUUUAGCGUUUGUAUGGCCCUAUACAUGGUCAUAGAUAUCGGCGAUUUCUACGAUCGCAUCACUCGCGACCUCAAAGACUUCAAAGUUAACCGGUCACUCAAUCCCGAACUUUUCAGGCACUCGAAAUCGCCGCAUGGCGCGAAAUUCGGACCGAUUCCGACCGUUGUCCGAAGGAAGCGACAUAGUAAAGGGGGCUCACAAUGCGCCUGCACUUUGACGGCUAAGAACUGCCCUACAGGACCACCUGGACAACCAGGACCACCUGGUCCUCCUGGGUAUGACGGUGUUGAUGGAAUACCGGGUCAAAAAGGAAUUGAUGGAGAAGAUUCCUUUUUUGAACGCGUGAAAACAAGUGGUUGUGUAUUAUGCCCACCAGGUCCUCCUGGACCCCCAGGGCUGGAUGGACCGACAGGACCAAAAGGACCAGUUGGCCUGGCUGGACUUCCUGGUGAAUGGCCCAAGAUCUUGAACGGCCCACCAGGACUUGUCGGGCCACCUGGAGAUUCUGGGUUGCCUGGCAUACCAGGUUUACCAGGUAAGCGUGGCCUACCAGGGAAAUCCAUUCGCAACUGGAUUGUACAGGGGAUUACUGGUCCUCCUGGCCCUCCAGGAUUACCUGGUCGCCCAGGCAAAGCCGGCUGGCCAGGAAUACCUGGAUCAGAAGGGAGAAUCGGAGAUGCGGGGCAGAGCGGGCUUCCGGGCUAUCCUGGAGAAGAUGGAUUGCAAGGGCUGCCGGGUAAGCCUGCUCCGCCUGGAAAGAAUGGCGGAUAUUGUCCUUGUCCGCGCCCUUCGAAGAAACAUAAAAUAAGGCACCGCACCCGUUUUGUAUCACGAUCGAAAAAGCACCGGUCGGAAUGGAGCACAAAGCGCACGAGGAAGUCUUUUUUGGUAGAGGACUAA